UUGAAAGUAAAUGGCGCAUGAAGUCUUGUGGUAGCUCUCCAUGGGUUAAGCUGGACUUCAAGUGUAUUCAACUGGAACGAUUUAUUUUCGAUAACCUAUAAGAAACAAUAUCAGCUGGCUGUCCCACAGACCAGAGACAGGAUUGUACCCACUAUCGAUUGCUCUAUUCCUAUUGGGAAGCCGUUUUUUCAUCGCCUGCACAUCAGUACGGGAACAGCUUCUUGCAGACAUGCAGGCGAUGUGGUGCUGUCUUCCUGUGCUCCUUGCUGUUCUGUACAGCAUGGCUGGAAUGGGAGAAAGUACAAGUGCAAAACCAGAUACAACUGAACCAACUUCUGUUGUAACAACUGCUGACGUACUGGGACGAAGCACAAGGCAAACGCUGGAGACAUCUCGCUCAACCUCCAUUGUAACACGUGUCAGUGCACUGCAGAGCACAAGGGCAACUUUGCAGACAACUGAUUACACUGAACAAACUUCUGUUGUAACAAGUGCCAAAGUACAGGGACAAACCACAAGUGAAACUCUGGAGUCAUCUCAUCCAACAGAGCCAACUUCUGGAGUGACCCAAAACCCAACCAGUUUACCAGCUCCUUCAACUCCGUAUCUAACCAGUGCACGUGCAGAAGAUACAACUGAAAGUCCUGUCCAAUUCACUUCCACAACAGAUCCCCCAACCACAAGAACUUCCAGCUACUCCACAGAAGAGUAUCUGAUUCAAACAACCCAAGGUGUCAGUUCUUCUCAACAACCUACUACUGAUGUGAUGGAAUUGUCUACCUCUCCUGGACUUAAAGAAGAGACCAGUGUCAGCCAGGAGCCCACCGUCACUAAUAGAUCUGAGCAAUGGACAACAGCUGACCCUGCAAGUGUGUCUGAAGUCACAUCGUUCUCUACUCCAGUCACCAAUAUUUCAGAGGCUGACGGGAUUCUUGGUUCAGGUGUAAAAGGGAAAACACAAUCUCCUCCAACCAGCACGAUUACUUCUACAACAAUGCACUCAACAACUACUGCUGCCACUCCCAGUAAAGCAAGUGGAAGCAAGAUGACAACAGCAAUUCCCAUUGUCAAUGACGUCACCAAAGUCACCGCCAAAAAUUACAAUAGACUUACAACCGCUCAAGCGGCAACCAAGAAAAUUAGUCUCAUCACUCAGUGCCUCAUAGUGAUUGCCAUCCUGGCAGGCGUCUGUACCAUCUUUGUCAUCUGUACCAUCGUCCUGUGCACCAAGCUCUCUACCCAAAGACACAACUACAGGGUUAACCAGAUGAAUGGCACCGAACUGAUAUGCAUUUCUGCUCUACUGCCUGAAGAAGAAAGAAAGAUGAGGAAAAAACUGCGCCCAAAACGGUUAAGAGAUUUGAGGGAAACUAUGACUGGGCAAGCCAGCGACACUGACGACGAUGACCUUACCCUCCAGAGCUUUGUGACUGAACACUAGAGCUCCCCAUUAACCUGUGGGCACAGAGACAGCCUCCUAGCCCUAAGGUAAUUACACAGCAACUGGAUGAACCAAAUAUCAAGCUUUGAUUAACAAUAUGAAGUAUCUCUGCAGACUGAGAUCUGAAAGGUAUCGAGGAGUGAUGGUUUUCUCUAUAUUGUGUUCUUUUGGACUUCCUGAUUUAUACUGCUCUUGCAAGGCUUUUGUUAUGAGCAAACCUGACUCAGCUGACAUCUGACUCCAGAGAUCAGGUUGCUACGCAGAACUUACAUGCUCUCAACACAUUUUUAAAACAUCCUAGGUAUAAAUAUUUUGUUUUAAGUGGACUUGCUUCAUUGAGGACAAUGAUAAUUGGAGGCAAAGUGUUGAUUAUAGAUUAAGUCUCAAGCAUUCCUGAGGUCUUUGUGAAGAAACUUAGCACACUGAAGAGUUUCCUCUGUGGCCUAGCCAGUCCCCUGACCCUAGGGACCAAUUCUCUUAGAGAUGGCAUUGCGGCAAAGGGGUUAACUUAAUAAACUUAAAAAGGUUUUUGAUAAGGUGAAAGAUAAAGAUCUGCUUAAUUCAUUUAUGAGUCAGAGCUGACAAUACUGACUAUUGACCACUGAUCAGUUUAGUAGGUACAUUUUUUUCACUGAUGGGGAAAUGAAGGCCUCUGGAUGAGGCCUGGGGCAGAUCAAACACGGCCAUACUGAAUGGCAAGGAAGACUUGAAGGGCCGAGUGGCCCACUCUGGCUCCUACUUUCUUGGCAGGAAGACCUGCUGAAGGAAGUAGUAACGUCUCCGCACUUUCUAAGAUAGAGUGACACAGAACUUCAAAGCUGUGGGAUUCGUUUCGGAUUCAGUGCCACGGGUGACCUGCCUUUCUGGAGGUUUGAAAAUGUGGUGGAAUUGCCGAGCAACAACAGGAACAAAGUGUUAUAAAAACAAUCAACUCCUCUGCAAUAAACUAAUCAUCUUUAAAUAAAUACCACUCAGUAAUCCCACCAAUUCUUGUCCUUCAGCACCGCUGUCUGCCAUGCCACACUCGUACUGGGAAAGCAGCCGCAAGCAUCACUGAGCCGGACAAAGGACACAAAAAUCUAAAGAGUCCCCUCCUGUGCCAAAAGAUACUGAGGCCUGAAUAGAUACAUUGAAAGUCUGACCUGCUUGUGGAUUCUGCAGAAGUUUGCAUACUGCCUCAUCUUGAUCUAGAACAAGUCUUUUAGCACUUUUAUCAGGGGGCUGGCUGAAGAUCACCCCAUUCUGAAAGGUGUAAGCAAUGUGCAGUCUGGUCUCUGGAUGGCCCUGUAGGGGAAUCAGCAUUUCAGCUGCUCUACAAAGUAGGACUGAAUUGAAAAGAUGAAAUGUGCUUGUUGCAAAUUAUCAGUAAACUGUACAGCUCUGAAACAGCGGGCCUCACAAGCAUCUCUUAAUAAAAUACGACAGCACCAGUCUCUCUCUGAGUUUCGUUUUGAUGGAAGGGUUUUUUUGUCAGCCAUUGUUAUAUGGGGCAAAAUCCCCAAGCAUUCUGAACUCUGGUUUUCAGACUAAACCUGAAAUUGUGAACUGGGACCAGAUUUGAGUUUCAGAUAAACCUCUUAUUUUAAGCUUCUCGAAAGGAAAUGGGUGUUUCUGGAAAGGUACCCCCCUAGUUGCUUGAACCACCUUGGUGAGAAACAGGGGACCUUCCAUUGAGGGUGCUUGGUGCUGGGAAGUGUGUCCCUGAAUUUGGACCCAGUGAUAAAAGAUGCCGUGUGACAGUGUCAUAACGGUUAGCUUGGCACUCUACAAUGCCAGUGACCAGUGUUUGAUUUGCACCGCUGUUUCUAAGGAGUUUGCACAUUCUCCCCGUGACUGAAUAGGUUGACACCAGCUGCUCUGGUUCUCUCCAACAAUCCUAAGAUGCAUGGGUUAGGGUUAAUAAGUUUGUGGACAUGCUAUGUUGGUGCUGGGAGACUGGAGAUAUUUGCGGGCUGCCCUCAGAACAUCUCAGACUACGUUGGCUGUUAAUGCAGAAACAGGGCAUUUCCCUGUAUAUUUUGAAGCUUGAAUGUAUAUGUGACAAAAAAAGCAAAUGUCAUCUAGAGGAAACCUGGACGAUUCCUUGUUUCUGCUGCUUCAGAGUGGUCGGCUAUGUAUAGAACCAAAAGAAAUGGAGGAGAUCUUAAAUGGAUUUUUUGUGUCUGUAUUUACUAAGGAAACUGGAAUGGAGUCAAUGGAAAUAAGGCAAACAAGGAGUGAGGUCAUGGAACCUAUACAGAUUUGCUAUCUUGAGGCAAAUCAGAGUAGGUAAAUCCCCGGAACCUGACAGGGUAUUCCCUCGGACCUUGAAGGAAACUAAUGUUGAAAUUGCAGGGGCCCUGGCAGAUAUAUUUAAAAUGUCGGUAUCUACAGGUGAGGUGCUGGAGGAUUGGAGGAUAUCUCAUGUUGUUCCGUUGUUUAAAAAAGGCUCUAAAAGUAAUCUGGGAAAUAAUAGGCUGGUAAGUUUGACGUCAGCAGUAGGUAAAUUAUUGGAAGAAGUACUAAGAGAUAGGAUCUACAAGUAUUUAGAUAGACAGGGACUCAUUAGGGAGAGUCAACAUGGCUUUGUGCAUGAUAGGUCAUGUUUAACAAAUCUAUUGGAGUUUUUCGAGGAGGUUACCAGGAAAGUGGAUGAAGGGAAGGCAGUGGAUGUUGUCUACAUGGACUUCAGUAAGGCCUUUGACGUGGUCCUGCAUGGGAGGUUAGUUAUGAAGAUUCAGUCACUAGGUAUACAUGGUGAGGUAGUAAAUUGGAUUAGACUUUGGCUCAAUGGGAGAAGUCAGAGAGUGGUAGUGGAGGAUUGCUUCUCUGAAUGGAGGUCUGUGACUAGUGGUAUGCUACAGGGAUCAGAGCUGGGUCCAUUGUUAUUUGUCAUCUAUAUCAAUGAUCUGGAUGAUAAUGUGGUAAAUUGGAUCAGCAAAUUUGCUGAUGAUACAAAGAUUGGAGGUGUAGUGGACAGUGAGGAAGGUUUUCAAAGCCUGCAGAGGGAUCUGGACCAGCUGGAAAAAUGGGCUGAAAAAUGGCAGAUGGAGUUUAAUACAGACAAGUGUGAGGUAUUGCACUUUGGAAGGACAAACCAAGGUAGAACAUACAAGGUAAAUGGUAGGACACUGAGGAGUGCAGUAGAACAGAGGGAUCUGGGAAUACAGAUACAAAAUUCCCUAAAAGUGGUGUCACAGGUUGAUAGGGUAGUAAAGAGAGCUUUUGGUAUAUUGGCCUUUAUAAAUCAAAAUAUUGAGUAUAAGAAUUGGAAUGUUAUGGUGAGGUUGUAUAAGGCAUUGGUGAGGCCGAAUUUGGAGUAUUGUAUGCAGUUUUGGUCACCAAAUUACUGGAAGGAUAUUAAUAAGGUUGAAAGAGUUCAGAGAAGGUUUACAAGGAUGUUGCUAGGACUUGAGAAAAUGAGUUACAGAGAAAGGUUGAAUAGGUUAGGACUUUAUUCCCUGGAGCGUAGAAGAAUGAAGGGAGACUUGAUAGAGGUAUAUAAAGUUAUGAUGGGUAUAGAUAGAGUGAAUGCAAGCAGGCUUUUUCCACUGAGGCCAGGGGAGAAAAAAAACCAGAGGACAUGGGUUAAGGGUGAAGGGGGAUAAGUUUAAAGGGAACAUUAGGGGGAGCUUCUUCACACAGAGAGUGGUGGGAGUCUGGAAUGAGCUGCCAGAUGAAGUGGUAAAUGUGGGCUCUCUUUUAACAUUUAAGAAAAACUUGGACAGGUACAUGGAUGCGAGGUGUAUGGAAGGAUAUGGGCUAGGUGCAGGUCAGUGGGACUGGGCAGAAGAAUAGUUCAGCACAGUCAAGAAGGGACAAAAGUCCUGUUUCUGUACUGUAAUGUUCUAUGGUUCUAACAUAAGAAAUAAUGAGCAGGAGUAGGCCAUCUGGCCCAUCGAGCCUGCCCCACCAUUCAUUAAGAUCAUGGCUGAUCUGUCUGUGUAUUCAACUCAUCUACCUGCCUUUUCCCCAUAACCCUUAAUUCCCUCACUAUGUAAAAAUCUAUCUAACUAUAUCUUAAAAAUACUUAGUGAAGAAGCCUCAACUGCUUCCCUGGGCAGAGAAUUCCAUAGAUUCACCACUCUCUGGGAAAGAACAGUUUCUCCUCAUCUCCGUCCUAAAUCUUCUCCUCUGAAUCCUGAGGCAAUGUCCCCUAGUUCUAGUCUCCCCUACCAAUGGAAACAACUUUCCUACUUUUACCUUAUCUAUCCCUUUCAAAAUUUUAUAUGUAAAUUUUGUCCUUUCAAUUGAUGCAGUCAUGAGUUUGAGAUGUUCUAUUGCGGUAAUAAAGGUGAGUAACAAUGGUACACUUUGUUAAGGUCCUGCUGACAGAACAUGGAAGCUGUACAAGGAGUGGGUGUGGCAGCCUUUCCAUUCUUCAUCUUCUGAACUUCUUAUUGAUACUGAUUUGUGCAACAUGAUUUGUUCUCACUCCUUUAGUAGCAAAGCUCAAAAGCUCAAAGCAAAUUCAUUAUCAAAGUAUGUACAGUAAGUGUCACCAUAUACAACCCUAGAUUAAUUUUCUUGAAGGCAUUCACAUUAGAACAAAGAAAAAUAACAGAUUCAAUGAAAAAACUACACACAAAGACUGACAGACAAUCAAUGUGUAAAAGAAGACAAACUGUGCAAUUGCUAAAACAAUCAAUGCCAAGUAAAUAAAUAAAACUCUGA